AUGCCCAAUAUAAGAUUACGUAGGAUGGAUAAUUUAUUGUACCUCUUAGUUUAUCCUCAACGCCCAUUACUAACAACACGAGCUAUUGAGCUGAUCAGCUACGAUAAACUGGGAGCUGGACAGAAUGCAACUGUUGCAGUCAUGAGUUAUAGUGGAUACGACAUAGAGGAUGCAAUUGUAAUGAAUAAGUCGUCCUUGGAUCAUGGUUUUGGGCGUUGCAUUGUAAUGAAAAGAACGUCUGCAGUUAUCCAGAAAUAUGAGAAUGGCACUUCUGACUGUAUUAUAGGGCCGCAAAAAGGAUCUAAAGGCAUGCAG